AGAGAGGCAGGGAAUCGGACUGGGUGGUGUGCGGAGACGCACCUGGCGCAACCCUCUCCUCUCUGAAUCCGAGUCCAGAUCCCGCGGAGGCUGCAGCCAUGAAGGAGAGACGGACCCCUCAGCCAGUAGUGGCCAGAUGUAAGCUCGUUCUGGUGGGGGACGUGCAGUGUGGGAAGACAGCAAUGUUACAGGUGUUGGCGAAGGAUUGCUAUCCCGAGACGUAUGUGCCCACUGUGUUUGAGAAUUACACAGCCUGCCUAGAAACAGAGGACCAGAGGGUGGAGCUCAGUCUCUGGGACACCUCAGGAUCUCCCUACUACGACAACGUCCGUCCACUCUGCUAUAGUGACUCGGAUGCAGUGUUGCUAUGCUUUGACAUCAGCCGUCCCGAGACAGUGGACAGUGCCCUUAAGAAGUGGAGGACAGAAAUUCUGGAUUAUUGUCCCAGCACCCGUGUCUUGCUUAUUGGCUGUAAAACAGACCUGCGAACAGAUCUGAGCACUCUGAUGGAGCUGUCCCACCAGAAGCAGGCACCCAUCUCUUAUGAGCAGGGCUGUGCAAUAGCCAAACAGCUGGGUGCGGAAAUCUACUUGGAAGGCUCGGCUUUCACCUCCGAGAAGAGCAUCCAUAGCAUCUUCCGGACGGCGUCCAUGGUGUGUCUGAACAAGCCCAGCCCCGUGCCCCCGAAGAGCCCUGUCCGAAGCCUCUCCAAGCGGCUGCUCCACCUCCCCAGUCGUUCCGAACUCAUCUCUUCCACCUUCAAGAAGGAAAAGGCCAAAAGCUGUUCCAUUAUGUGAAGUUGGGGGUUCGAGAGGGGAGCCAACCUCCCACUUCCUCCCUGGGGUUGCAGAGGCACGGGGAGAGGGAGGAGGAGACAUUUUAGGACACUGGACACGAGUUUUUCAGACGGCCACGGUGAGGGCUUGGAAGGAGACAGGAACGGGACAAGGAAAGAGCCAGGCCCGGCUUGAGGACCUGACACUGAGAAAGAACCAUCACACCCCAAGCCAGGCACUAGGUGGUAGAGGGGGCGGCUGUCCCCGUGCCCUCCGCUCCAGAGGAAGGACAGGUGUGGGGGCCUGGGGGGCAUGCUGGCCUCAUGGCUUCGGUUGGGGGCCUCCGGGAGCCUCACCUUCAGCAUCAUGCCUCUUCCACACAGCGUUUCCAUGCGGGCCAGGGGAUGGGAGGGGUGCCUGAGCCCUUCCCUUCCCCUCCAAGGAGGCUGCGGAUGAGUGGAGAGCGGGGGGAAGCCAAGAGGCAGCUCCUCUGGGAGCCGAGCCCGGGUGCUUCAUAACUGAAAUCAGAAGGGCAGGAGCUGGUCAGAGCCAAUGCGAAGGAAACCUCAUCUUUGCGUAGCCCAUGCCUCCUGGAGAGGUGACAUCAUGCAUUCUCAUGCUUCUCACCUAAGUCCCCAGGGUCCAAGGGAGAAGCCCCAGACCCCCUUCUCUUGCAGUGUGGGGGUGGUGGUGCUGCAGGGGGCAGGGCUGGGUGGGGGUCACCAGACUUUCUCUGCCCUUGGGGCAGUAUAGCUGGCAUUUGUUUUAUAGACUCUCGUCUUUGGAAUUGGGGGGAGGGGGGAGUGUUUCAAUCUGUUAUAUGUUCUGUGUUUAAAGAAGAAAACCUAUUUAUUAAUGAAAAAUAUAACACAUAUAAAGAAG